GCUCGUUUUGGGGGCGCUUUCGUCCCUUCCACGGCUCUAACCCCAAACGGAACCCCGGCCCGAGUCCCGCUGACGCAACCCCAUCCUUGGCGUUUUCGUCGCGACUCUCUGGCCCCGGCGACCUCACCGAGUCAGUCACCCCUCCUUCUCUCUCCGUACACUUUCCCAAUACCCCCACCCACCCCCACACCCACAUCUCAACACGUCAUGCUUCUCACGCGUCUCUCCUCAACCGGCGCAUCAUCGCCGCUCAUCCUCAUCCUCACACCUUCUCCUCUUCUUCUGCUUCUUCUCCCUCUUCUCUCCACCACCACCAUCUCCGAUGGAUGAAUUACAAUUCUCAACCCCCCAACCACCGCCCGCCCGAUCCUUACCUUUCCGCGAAGACUGCUGGAGCGAAGAAGCAACAUCCACUCUCGUCGACGCUUGGGGCCGCCGCUAUCUCGAACUCAACCGCGGCAACCUCCGCCAGAAGGACUGGCAGGAGGUGGCCGACGCCGUCAAUCUCCGCCAUGGUCACACCAAGAAGACACGCCGCACCGACGUCCAGUGCAAGAACCGCAUCGACACUCUCAAGAAAAAGUACAAGGUCGAGAAGGCUAGGGUUUCUGAAUCUAACGGAUCGGUCGCCAGCUCUUGGUCCUUCUUCCCCCGCCUUGAUUACUUGAUCGGAUCUACGGCCAAAAAGGCUCCUUCUCCGCCGUUGGCGGUGCCUUUGGUGUACCGGAAGCCGCCGCCGGGGUUGGUGGUGCAGCCGGUGGUGCUUCCUCAGAAACGGCCGUCUCCGGCGGUGGAUGAUUCGUAUUUUAGGAGGAAUUACUCGGCUGUUGCUGCGGCCGCUGCGGCGGAGGAGGAGGAGGAAACGGAGGAGGAAGGGGAUGAGGAUGAGGUUGAAGGGAUGAGUAGGCUGGCGAGGGCGAUUGAGAGGUUUGGAGAGAUGUAUGAGAGGAUUGAAGGGGAGAAGCAGAGGCAGAUGAUUGAAUUGGAGAAGCAGAGGAUGCAAUUCGCUAAAGAUUUGGAGGUUCAGAGGAUGCAGCUGUUCAUGGAUACUCAGGUUCAGCUCGAGAAAAUCAAGCAAGCUAAGCGGUCGGGUUCAAAUGGGCGUAGUUGGGAACUACAGCAACAGCUACAGGUUCUCUUCAUGUAUUUAAGGCUUCAUUUCUUGGUGCACUGAAAAUUUGACCAACCAAUCUGUCAGCUGCUCACAUCUGAAUUACAUUUAUAGCUAGCCAUGGGAGAGGGCUUUGAUGGUCGUCCUAAUUGCAAUUGGUAUAGCUUCUGGUUUUCAUAUUUAUGCACAAGCAAAGUACAUAGAGUUGCAGUUGGUUAUGGUAUUGGUGGAUGUUGGCAAUUUAAAAUUUUCAGUGGACAAGGCUGUCAAUGAUGUUGCGAACUAUAUGCAUUGUGCUGUCACGUGUUAUAUUUUCUAGUUGGUUUUUGUUUUUGCAAGUACUUUAGUAGUUGAUGUUCAAUUAAGAGGGGCUGUUCCACUUUUAGACUUUAGUUAGAAUGAUGCCUAUGUUUGCUCCAAUGUCCGGCGCUCAAUUUUGAACAUAUUUGUCUUAAAAAUUGUUUUAUGUUUGCUGAUUCCUGGAAUAUAAUGCUACAUCAUGUAUGAAGAUUUAUUUUCAGUGACA